AUGGCUAGCUCUGAUGUCGGCCUUAAGCUGAUGAUGAUCACUUGCUUGGUGCUUGUGUGCAUGGUGGCCAGUGCACCCAAGACGGCCAAAGCUCAAGAUUCCUCAGCGUGCGAAUACGUAUCGAAUGUCCUACACUCAUGCUUAGGCUAUUUUAACGAUGGUGGGCCUGUGUCCGGUCCCUGCUGCAGGGAUGUCAAUUGGCUCUACAAUCUCCCCACCAAUUGGGGCCGCCAGAGCUUUUGCACUUGUUGGCAGCAAUUUACAAUCUGGGAGCCAAUAAUUGCUGACAAUAUUCGUCUGCUUCCUAGUGAAUGCUACCUCAACCUUCCUUACAAGUUCACCCCUUCUCUGGACUGCAACAAAGUACCGUGA